UCAUAUUUGUUAAAUAUAACAAAUGUGUUGUUUCCCGACUGUGUGAGUGAGUGCGUGCAAAAAAAAGCUAGUGUUAAUAAUUAAUCGCCAGUAAAAGUGGUCCCAUCGUAUCAAAGAGGUACGCGGCAAUAGCAACAGCAAAUAACAGCGGCAAUAUGAGCGGAGGUGGCAUGGAUAAAAGAAAACUGUCCACAUCGGGCGAUUCGCUGUAUGAGAUCUUGGGACUUCCGAAAACAGCCACAGCUGAUGACAUCAAGAAGACUUAUAGAAAACUUGCACUUAAGUACCAUCCAGAUAAAAAUCCUGACAAUGUUGAUGCAGCCGACAAGUUCAAGGAGGUCAAUCGGGCACACUCGAUACUGAGCGAUCAAACCAAACGCAAUAUCUACGAUAAUUAUGGUUCGUUGGGUCUCUACAUUGCCGAGCAGUUCGGUGAGGAGAAUGUGAAUGCAUACUUUGUGGUCACAUCGCCAGCGGUGAAGGCCUUGGUUAUUUGCUGCACUGUGCUGACGGGUUGCUGCUGUUGUUGCUGCUGCUGCUGCUGUUGCAACUUCUGUUGUGGCAAGUUCAAGCCACCGGUGAACGAGUCGCACGAUCAGUAUUCACAUUUAAAUCGCCCCGAUGGCAAUCGAGAGGCCAGCGAUCUGCCACCGCAACUGGGACAGCAGCCACGUCUUGAGGACGUUGAUCUCGACGAUGUGAAUCUGGGUGCUGGAGGCGCACCUGUGACCACUCAGCCACGAGAGCAGCCCGGUGGACAACCCGUGUUUGCUAUGCCGCCACCAGGAGGUGCUGCUGUUGGCGUCAAUCCAUUUACGGGAGCUCCAGUGGCUGCCAAUGAGAACACGUCGCUGAACACAACAGAACAGACCACAUACACACCAGAUAUGGUUAAGCAAAAAUAUUAGGUUCAUGCUUCAAGCGAGAGACACAAACACCCAAAUCAUGAGAGCGUUUUGAACAGCCACACACAUUUUUUAAACUAUUUAAAUUGCAACUUUUUGUUAACAAUUUGGGUAUGUUAGACAGCAUGGAAACAACAACAACAACAACCAGAAAACAAAAACAAGAUAUAUAUAAACACACACAUACCUAAUAUAUAUAUUUAUUGUAAGCUUUAGAACUUAAUUCUAAUUUAAAAAAGAAACAAAUAUAUGAUGAUCUUAAUUGUAAAGCGGCAGCUCGCUGGCAAAGUUUUAAUCGAUCCGAUACAAACUCAAUUAUUUCCAUAAUCCUAGACGAAGCGCGAAACUAAACUGAAUUGAGAAUGUUUCACACAUCACACACACACACACACAAACACACACACAUGAAGUUCAUCAUAUGUAAUCGAUAUUCAUAAUAUUCAUGUGCUGUAGGUAUUUAAUCUGCAAAUGCAUAUUAUCUAAUCAAUUACGAUAUUUGAUACUUACAUACAUAGAUACAACUAACCCAAAGUGUUAUUUCCACAUAUAUACCGUAUCAACCAAACAAAAAUUAUAUAUAUAUAUACGCGUACUUACAAUUAUAACACAUAUACUAUGUAUGUCAACCUUAGUAAGAUCGAGCAAAAAAGUUAACUUAAUUAAAUACUUCUAUAUAUAUACACACUAUAUUUAAAAACAAACGUAACGAAAUUUAUAUAUA